AUGACACCGGCGAUCCAAGUACCCACUCCCUCCGGCCAACGGAAUGGUCCCGAUAUUCCCGGCGCCGGCAAGUUCAAGGUCCCCAAGCUACGUCUUGAGUGUCGCGAUCUCUCUCACCCUGGAGCUGCGGUAUUCCUCAGCUCUGUCAACGCUGCCGAGUGCCUCGCCAAGGCGGCCCAGCAUGUACUGGCGCUCCUGUAUGAAUCGCCCACGUGUCCCACCACAACAAUCCCGACGACACGAUCUGUGACAGUGAUCCUGCGUAGCAUGUCAGGUGUAGCUUACACCACCGGCUCUGACCUCGACAGCGACCAUAAGGAGAUUCACUUCUCAGUCGAGUAUAUCGCCAACAUUCACCCCAUAUCUCGUCGCACAGAGGAAAUCAACGGUGUGCUCACUCAUGAGCUCGUUCACUGCCUUCAGUACAACGGCCAUGGAACAUGCCCAGGUGGUCUGAUAGAAGGCAUCGCAGACUGGGUGCGACUUCACUGUCUUCUCAGUCCCCCUCACUGGAAACGCGACAGCAAUGGAAAGUGGGACGCUGGCUAUCAGCAAACGGCCUAUUUCCUGGACUACUUGGAGGAGCGGUUUGGAAAGGGAACCAUUUGCCGCCUGAAUGAGAAGCUACGGAUUCAGAAGUAUGAAGAGAAGCCGUUCUGGACCGAACUGGUUGGGCGGCCAGUUGAGCAACUUUGGGGCGAUUACAAAGAGAAGCUUGAGUCGUAG